AUGCUCUCCUUCAAGUUCAUUCUCUUACUGGUCUUUGGUUUGGUGAUACAGACUACCCUGGCUACCUCAUACGGUCUUGUUUCUGAUGUUGUUACUCCUGGUGACGAUGAUCACGCGUCCCAGACCUCUGGAAACGGCGUCGUCACUGCGGUUUCUGACUUUGGUGGUGACACCGUCAGUGACAACGGCCUCGAUGAGAUGACAACUGGCGCCUCAUCUGUCGAUACACUUCUGCACUCCAAGGCUGUAGGUCCCAUGAGCCUGAGGACACACAUGCAUCGAGCUAAUAUCAAUCAGAAGGGCUGCAUUGGCAGCGUAUGCUCCCCUUCGAACAUGUGUCUCUGCAGGAACAAGAGCGGUGUCCGGGUGUAUUGCUACUGCGAAAACCCAGGCAAGAAGUGCAGCUGCCGGCGUAACGUGCUGGCUUCCAGGGACAUGAUCGACGCUGAUGCAAAGGACACCGUUGAUGAGGGUGAUGCAAUUUCUGAUGUCGGGGCCGAUGGUGCUAAUGUCUCUGAUGCGGCCACUGAUACUGUCCCCUCUGACGAUACCCCCUCCAUAGACAUUGACUCAUCCGACGAAGAUACUUCCCCUAUCAAUACGCUCUUGAACAAAGGCCAAUGCCGCGGCACGUGCAAAAAGUGCAUCGGCAACUGCAAGGACAAGUACCAGUGCCUGUGCAAGGGACGCGACGUCGUCGCCCGGUGUGGGUGCGCGCGACUCGGGGAGAAGUGCCAGUGCAAGGGUCCGUGGCGCGCGGUCCGGGAUGUUCCCUCUGUCAACAUCAACAGCACUACGGCUGAUGAAGUGAAGAGUGCCACGCCCUCUACUGAAGACGCUGACGCUGCAAGCGAGGAUCUCGACGAUGCGGCUCCUGGUGUUUCUCCUAUCAGCGAGCUCAUAGAGCGCAAGCCUACAACCUGCCACGGCGUGAUGUGCUCCAAGGAAGGCAAAUGCCACUGCAAGCACGGAGCCUAUAACAUCGUCUGCCCCUGCCACCGACUCGGUGCCCCCUGCUACUGCAAGAACUGGCGUCGCGAUGAGGAUACUUCGGACCGUGUCGACGCGGCUGUUGCAGAGACAGCUGACACCGCGCCAGAGACUGCUGAUACUGUUGACAACACCCCUGCCCCUGCCCCUACCCCUGAAAACGAAGAUGCAGAAGUAUCCGAGCGACCUGGGUUCUCGCAUGCCGUGAAUGAUGAGUUCUCCAUUCUCCAGCGGACCUGCUACGGCACCUGCAGCCGCAAGCACAAAUGCAACUGCCGCGGCAAGACCUGUCGCUGCCAGAUCCCCGGCGAGAGCUGCAAAUGCGUCUUCCUUUUCCUGCCGCCCCGUGAUUUGGACACUGUCGCUGGCAACGCCACAGGAUCCAUCACCACACUCACUGCGGAUGAGGCCGAGGCUAAGGAGGAUGAUAUCGUCAUCACAUCCACAACCCCCAACGAAGACACCGAUGAGGACACCACCAUUCCAUCCGACAUCAACAAACCCGAUCCCCAAGACGACGACACCGACACCGACACCGACACCACAACCACCCCAGUCCCCACCGAAAACUCCCCGCUCGUCGCGCGUGGCGAGCCCUGCUGGGGCGUCUGCGACAAAUACCGGCACUGCUACUGCGGCCACAUCCGGACGAACUGCAACUGCUCCAAGCGCGGCCACCGGUGCUACUGCGCCUCCGGGCCCAAUGAUCUGCCGCCGGGGAUGGGUGGGGGGGUUACUUACUAG